AGCGGCCCGGUCCCAAACCACUGCCCGCUCACUACACAUGUACACUCUAUCCGCUACACAGUAAUGGCGUAGACACCCUACUCAGUGCACUAGAUGUGCAGUAGGCAGUGAUUUGGGGCUCAGCAUCAAGAGUUUUUUAAAACUCACAGCCGGAGACUGACUGCUACAGAGAUGUGGAGUCUCACCGCUCAUGAUGUUUUUUCUUCAUUCUGACUCUGAAGUAUUUUAUCUUCGAAUCUUUUAGACAUUUUUGGACUAAAGAAUUUUUUUGUUCUGGUGCAUUUUUGUUGAGUUUUAAAUACUUUUAAUUUUUAAAAACUGGUUUUCAGCCCAAUUUUGGUUUCCAAAUCAUUACAAUCGUUUACAUUUGUCUGUGUGUGUGUGUGUGAUGAUGAUGUCGGUGGAGUCCCCUGUGGUUAGUGGUGUGGGGUCAGAGUUGGUGUGUGUGUGUGUGUAUGUGGUGUGUGUGUUAGUGUGUGGGUUUGGGGCACUCGGCACACUGAGAAUGAUGGGCAGAGGUGGAACACCCUCAGACACCCGUCUCUCCUCUCUCAGCUGUCUCUCUGCAGGUGUGUUUUUAGCCUCCUGUCUGUUGGACAUUAUCCCAAAUUUCCUGACAGAAAUGAGAGAGACUUUCACAGAGCUCGGCGUGACGCUGCGCUUCCCCGUGCCGGAGUUCAUCAUGGCGGUGGGAUUUCUGUUCCUGCUGGUGCUGGAGCAGCUGAUCCUCACUCUGAGAGACGAGUGCGAGCGACAGCAUGGACAGAAAGAAGGACGAGAGGAGAAGGAAGCGCUGCUCCUGUACCCGACGACGUUCCGGCCGCGUCCCGAUCCCUCCCUGUCCCCUGUUCGCUCAUCCGUGCUGCUCCUGUCUCUCUUUCUGUUCUCCGUCUUCCAGGGUUUAUCUGCGGACGUGAUGCGGCUGCGUCCCGAUCUCCUCCUGCGCACUUCGCUGGUCGCCUGCAGCCUGGUCUUCCUCCUCGCUCAGAGUCACAUGAGACGCUCCGUGGUGUCCGUCUGCCUGGCGGUGCUGUCCUCGGCCUUCCCGCUCUGCCUCGCCCUGCGUCACACACACACACACACACCCUUACGCCUGGCUCGCUCCACACUCCAGGGUCUGAGUGUAGGGAGCUUCACCUACGUCAUCUUCAUGGACGUGAUGCCCCGAGUGACGAGCGCUAACGAGCAGCGCAUCGCUAAAGUCACCCUGAUCCUCACGGGGUUCAGUCUGCUCACCGCUGCGCUGCUCCUCAGAACAUAGACACACACACACACACACACACACACACACACAUAUACACACACCUAAACACACACACACACACACACACACAUAUAUACACACACCUAAACACACACACAUAUACACACACACACACACACACACACACACACACAUAUAUACACACCUAAACACACACACACACGCACACACACACACAGGGGCUGUAUCCUAAACUGCACACUGAUAUCCCAAUACAAUCUGUACACUACAUGUUACCUAGCAACUAAACUGUUUAGCAACUAGUUAUGUUCCAAAUCACCAUAAAUAGUGUUCACAAAUAGUGCACCAUACGAAGUACACUAUAUACCCUCAGAGUGUGUGGUUUGGGAUAUAAAUAUGGACACACUACAUAUUAGUGAGCAUAAAAGUGCACACUUGUGUGGCGCGGAGCUGUGUCAGUGUAAGUGCACAUGUAGGAUUUCCUGUUUGUCCUUCAUGAUGUAAACACAGUGUUUCGGUAAAGAGUUCCAAUAAACCUGAGAUAUUUUAUCAA